ACAGGGGAGUAACUUUAACCGAAACAACGCAGCGCCACUGUCAUCCUCUGAGGCAAAACCCUAGUUAAGUUCCAUUUGUGACUCGGAAAGCUUCAGAGAGAGAGAGGGAGAGAGAGAGAUGGAUAAGUGUCUGGCGACGCUUGAUAAAGACACAACCUGCUCGACCUGGAACUACUGCGGCCAGAGAUUGGCGACGGGUUCGACGGACGGGACGCUUGCCAUUUUCGAUACGGUGGACCCAGCUUCUUCUUCGUCUUCAUCUCUCACCUGCACUUCCCGAUUUAGGGUACAUGAGGCCAGUGUUGUCAAGGUUGUUUGGUUUCCUCCAGGAUAUGGUGAUGCAAUAGCGUGCAUCUGUGCAGAUGGAGCUUUUUCAUUGUGGGAGGAGGUUGCAGAAGCUGCUGAACCUUUACAAUGGAAGCUGUGCAAACAUUUCAAAAGCAAUUCAAGUCAAGUGCUAGACAUUGCGUUUGGGGUCUCCCAAACAAGUUUGAAAAUGGUAGCAGCAUAUACAGAUGGCCAUGUGAAAGUUUAUGAGCUCCAUGACCCAUUAGAAUUGACGAAUUGGCAACUUCAGGCCGAAUUUCAGAAUGUUAUUGAUUCAGUUUCUACAUUUGGAAAGGCAUCAUGCUCUUCUGCAUCUAUCUCUUGGAAUCCACAAAGGGCUGAAAGGCGGCAAUCAAGCUUUGUUCUGGGUUUUAAUUCAAAUAUACAUCAGUUCAAUUCCUCCAAGGUAUGGGAAUUCGAUGAGGCCCAUCAAAGGUGGCUUCCAGUUGCCGAGUUAGCUUUGCCUGGGGACAAGGGUGAUCAGGUUUAUGCGGUUGCAUGGGCACCAAACAUUGGCAGGCCAUAUGAGGUCAUAGCUGUUGCAAGUCAGAAGGGUAUUGCAAUAUGGCAUCUGGGUUUGAACCCUGAUGAUGAUGGAAGGCUUUCUGUAGAGAAGGUGGCAUUGCUUUCUGGUCAUGAAGGAGAGGUUUGGCAAAUGGAAUGGGACAUGAGUGGAAUGACACUGGCAUCUACUGGGGGUGACAGAGUGGUUCGUUUGUGGCAGUCGAACUUAAACGGUGUUUGGCACGAGCAAGCUGCAUUAGAACCCACAUCUUAAUCUGCCUUUCCUUUUCUAUUUGUGCAAGUCUAGGAAGUGGGCAUCACCAUAUUGUGCUUCUAAAUUUCCAGAAUUCAUAUAAUCCAAUGCUAUGGUUCACCUGGUGGUUUUUCGAGCUGUUAGAUUUGAUGAGGACUGGCAGAGUAUGGCAAACAUGAAGACAUCAGUUCUGUUCCUGCCUACUUGUGUUGACAGUGCCUUUGGCGUACAGCUGCAUAUUUUAUGGAAUUGAUGAUUUGUGUUCUUCUUUGUCUUGAUCUUAUUUGUUGUUUAAAAUUUGUAUAUUCAUUAAAGAAUUUAUCCUCUGUGUGGGAGAGAUCUUGUAUUUGAACUUGUGUGAAUUCAGAUAAGAUGUUAUACAAUUUUAUUCAGAUUCACCCAAGUUCAAAUUUAAGAUCCUAAAUUUAUGCUCUCAAACACAGUAUUAACAAAAAGUAAAGAUCAUUGUCUCUUAA